AUGAAGUCCGCCACCCCCAUUCUCAUUCUGCAGUCGGUUGCUGCUUGCGCUGGAUUUACCAUGCCAGAGAAAAUGCCCAAUGGCGUUUACAGCGUGCAUGCAAAUGCUAAAGGUCUUGAGGUCUACAAUGGACUCACGGUGGACCACACUACUACCGUGACUCCGAAGGUAUCGUCUCGUCAGGUCAAGGCUCGUCAGGUGAAAGAUGAAGGUGGAUGGGAUCGUGAUGAUCCGGAGACGUACUGCGGAUGUGGUCUUUCUAUGAACCAUGGAAAUUGCGAUACAGCAGUCUACAUGCUCAAAGACCAAUUUAGGAGAGAGGAGGACGGUGUGGCCGAAGUUACUCAAGCUUGGUAUUCCAUUUGGGGUGAUGUGGUUGCAUUCUGCUGCACUGACGACGUGUAUCCGAUGGAUGCCACUCGGUAUGCUGAUAUUCUUUCGCACAUCACCAAUACAUGUGGCUGGUAUGUGCCAGGCACAUUGGCACCGUCUUCUAUUGGUUUUUCCUCCAUUGCCUGUGGGUACAUGAACUACUCCCCUGGCCUUGACUUCUGUGGCAAUGCAGAAAAAGGUCGAUUCAUGGGCCGCAAUGGACGUUGCUAA